AACUUUUCUGCAGGUUGUUUUAUUUAACCGUGUAGCUUGUUCUGUGUUAUUCGGCUUCGUGAUUUUUUAUCAUAUUAACGUAAAAAUCUCCCGAAUAUGGUCAAUAAAACCGAAUCGAACGAGCGUGAGGUAAGCGACAAAAAGCGCAGAAAGACUUCCGUCAACGAAACCUCCUCCCCGACAAAGCUCUCAAAGGAGGAUCUUUACGUGAAUACUAUCGCAUUUGAGGAGAAAGAAGCUGCCAAACGAUCACCGGAAAAAGAUGCGCAGCUUUUCCACAGCACAUGUGACGAUUUGAGGAAACUUUUCGACGAGAUAGCUCUUCUGAAAAAGGAUAGUUCCGAGGAGGCAAAAGCGAAGAUCUCUGAAAAAAGAAUCGAAGGCUCGCUUGCUUUCGUCGCUUUGAAAAAAUUGAAUCGAUUAGAUAAAGUACGGAUUCGCGAUGGUAAGGAAGCACUACAUAAGGAAAAACAGAGGGUCGAUAGUAAUCGACUACAGUUGCAAAAUUUGCUAUACGAAGCGGAACACUUGAGAAAAGAAGUUCAGCGGUGCUAUCUUUUCAAAAGUCAGGACGAAGAGAUUGAGCUUGUUUCGGAAGAGGAGUUUUACAAGGAAGCUCCUGAUUCAAUUUCGCGUCCUGAGAAAACUAAAACCGACGAACAUGCGCGCCGGAUUGCAAGACUUGAGUGGGAGUUGCAGCAACGAAAAGAGUUAGAUGCCCUUUGCAAUGAGUUACAUGCCUCUAAAGCAAAAGUUGCAGACGAAAUUGUGUCUAAGACGGAGCGGCUAGAUUCUUUAGCUCCAAGAUUGAAGGACUUGUUGGCUGCGACUAGACCAUUGCAGGAAGCCUUGGAUAUGCCCAUUGAAAAGGGUUGGGAAGUACAGAAAACUGUUCGACUGCUGGUACAACCGUUGUACAUGAUGUACGCUAAUGUUUCAGCCUACGGAGAAGCUAGUGAUCAAAUGCUGUCCACGUCUGUUCAGGGUGACGAGGAUGAAGCUCGUCAGGUGGAAAUAACCGGUAAUCUAGAUUGCGAAUCGGACGAGGAUACUGAAACAGAUAGAGAGACUCGAGGUAGUUACAAUCGACGCAAAUCGAGCAAACAACAGGAUCCAAUGAAACAGAAGCGUAAAGCCUUAGUCAAACCACACCCACUAAGCGUUACCGUUACGAUAAAAAGCAAGGAAGGACAGCAAUCACUGGCUCUUACUUUCCAGUACCUUCCAAAUGCAGGUUUCGUAACGGUUAAAUGUUCGUUGAUCAACUUUGAAGUAGCAGGAGUGGCUGCUGGUGAUGUAAUGUCUCAAGAAAACAUUCUGAACGAGUUAUUCCCGGAUGAUAACGGGGAAUGCAGCCCAAAUCCAAAGACCAAAUUUCAAUUGCAAGAGGUUGGCAUCAACAUGGACAAAUUUAUACCGAUGUUGAAGGAGAAGGAUCUUGGAAAGCCUUACAAAUGGGCUCAAGAAUUGUGUGGUAUUGAGUUUGUUGAUUCUGGUGAAAAAUUUUUGGCUGCCAGCGACAAAUGGCAAAAGACAAUCCCGACUAUUAUUAAAGCAAUUCGCAUCCGUUGGGAGGCACGACUUCGGCUCUAUCAACAAGUUCACGAGCUGGAAACUGGUACAGUGGAUACGACUAUCAACACGGAGAACAACAGUCCAAUUCGAAUUUCUAGCACUUUGGUUCAAUGGACUGCUAUAUCCUAUGCCGAAUAUGUUGCUUCAAUUGUUACAGGAAAAUUUAUUGAACAGAGUAAUAACUUCACCGGGAAUGAGCUCUAUUUUCGCGCUAUCAUUACUCGAGGAUCAGCCAAAUUGGAAUGUUAUAUUUGUGUUCCGUGUGAUUUUCCGGUCAGCACAUCAUUAUGGUCUCUGUCAUUGAAUUGGAAUGGAAAGCAUUCGGCAGCAGAUAAUGCUGCGGUCAGAGAGAUGGAAUACUGGACCAACUACUUGCAAGCACCGAAAUAUCCUAAAACGAUCCUGUCGCUUCAGCUAAAACGAGCCAUGUCGUGUUUUGAUAUCUAUUUAGAGACUGAGGGACCGCUAUAUACACCAGCCGAGUUUACCCAGGAUAAAACAUACCUCAAACCGUUUCGAGGUCGUGCUCGGUCUCGCCCGUUUCGUAUUGCGUCCAACGGGAGUAGUUCGGUGUUUACGCAAAUUUAGAGUUAGAUUAGCGUAGUGUAUCAACCAUAACUGAACAUACAGCAAGUAAAAUUAAAUAGUAAAAUUGUAUUUGAUUUGUACGCUGAAAUGAAGAUCAUCAUAAAUGCUAGCAUUUUUUUAUACCUUUAUGGGCAGCUAGGGCCGAGGGUAGUAGCCAGCGGGUUUCAUACAUCCUUGAUCAGACGGACGAAGUUAUGGUGCCUUGAACACAGGCAACACAGAUCCAUUGAAAUAAGUUCUGCGCUUGAGAUGCACUUCCCCCGGUUGGCAAAGAACUGUAAUUAUUGCGUGUGGAUUGUGCGUCAUGUAAUGGUGUGUGCAAGGAAGGUUUGAGUUUUAGCGUUUGAGUGCACUGCCCAUGAUCGCAUAUUUGUCCCGUUUUCUAUGGGAUUUCCUAUCUUUAUGGGACUGAUAUGCGAUCAUGGGCAGUACAGGGGUGGGUUGGCGUGAGUGUUCACUAAUUGCGAAUAGUGUGAUCGCGAAGAGCUCGAGCGCUUGUAAGUUAACAUGUUUGUCGCUUGCGCUAGCGUGUAUAUAACUUCGCGUGCAUAAAUUCGAUUUUAUAAUCGUGUGGUCGUUCGUAUAUUCGCGUGUAUUCCUAAACGAUCACGCGCGGAACGUGAAUCUGAUGCUUAAUUUUUGGUGUAAGGCAGAGAGUCAGUUUCCCCAUAUCACUAGAGUUCCCGGUCAUGCCGCCAUAGAACGUGUUGUCUAGUAAAUAAGAGCGUUAUUUUAAUGUAGAAUACAUUUAAGCUUUCAAUAUAGGGGUCCCGUUUCAAAAUAUCGGCUGCGGCGCCGCGUCAGAUUUUGAACGUUAAUAACUUUUAUCAUACUUAACAGAAUGAUUUGAUUUUUAGGCCAAUUUGUUGCAAAUAUGUUCCUCUAUGCUGUAUUAAAAUUUGAAGUAUGUAUAACAUGCACUAAUAACAAAAAAUUGUGUUUUGAAAAAUCUUUCGAAAACGACUCGGAAAAGUGAAAAUUUUCAGCCCAUCCCGCACAGAGCCGUCAAAAUGGUGGACCAACCGAACAAUAAAAUAAUGAAAAGUUUAUAUAUAGGUCCACUACAUGUUUGUUCCUAUGGUUAUUCG